AUGUCCUCUAUUUUUACUGGUCAUAUCUCUUGGGCAGUCUAUCUUGCUUGUGUUCCAAUAUGUGUGAUAAUUCUUCAUAUCCUUCGCCAGUUAGUACACUUACCUUCAGUGGGGACUAAUAGAAGCUCUCAUCCCCCAACAGUCUUUCACAUUUUGCCAGUGAUUGGGUCGACUUUCGAAUUUGGGAAAAACCCAACAGGGUUUCUUUUGAAUUGUCAGAGGAUGUAUGGAAAUGUGUUUAGUUUUGUUGUGCUUGGUCAGAAGCUUACUGCUGUGCUGGGUCCGGGCGGCAAUAAAUUUGUUACGGGAAGGGAGUCAGCAAUAUUCAACGCUGAAGAUAUAUAUGGGCCAUUUACAGUUCCAGUUUUCGGAAAGGAUGUGGCAUUCGAUGUUCCGAACGAGGUUUGGAGAGAGCAGAAACGCUUUCUUGCUUACGGGCUUUCCCCUUCGAAUUUCCGAACUUAUACAAAGGUCAUCCAGGAUGAAGUUGAUGAUUACAUUAAGGGGAAUCUUCUUCCUAUCAUACUGGCUGAAGGAAUGGAUAGCAAUGCAAAACAAUGGAAUUGCUUAGAUGCUUACCAUCUCAUUUCUACACUCAAUAUCCUUGCCAGCACUCGGACACUGCAUGGCUCUGAAGUUCGAGAGAGUAUCCGGUCCGGAAGCACUGUAGUUGCAUACUAUGACGAACUUGAUGCUAGCCUUGGCCCGAUGUCUUUCAUUUUCCCUCAUUUUCCCCUUCCCCAGCACCGCCGCAGAGACCAAGCCCAAACGGAGCUGAGUAGCUUCUACUUGGAUAUAAUUCAACAUCGGAAGCAAACACAGACAGAUUCAGCUUCCAUUAUACAUGAUGAUGAGACCGAUCUCAUAGCAACGCUGCUCAAGCAGCGCUAUCGUGAUGGGACACCCUUACAAGAUCACGUCAUUGCAAAUCUGAUGAUUGCACUUCUAAUGGCCGGUCGACAUACUAGUGCAGCCACUGGGUCAUGGAUACUGAUUUAUAUUGCCAAUAACCCCUCAAUUGCCAAUGAUUUGUAUGCUGAACAAGUCAGCUCUUUGGGAUUACCCGAUGGAAGUUUUCGUUCGAUCUCGUAUGAAGACAUUCGAGGGCUUCAUUUAAUGAACGCUGUUAUUCGGGAGACCUUGAGGCUUCAGCCCCCGAUUCAUAGCAUUUCUCGGAUGGUCAGAGAGGAUGUUGUAGUACCCUUUGAAUGUGGAAAGAAGAACUUCAUUAUUCCUAAAGGACAAGUAGUAACAGCAUCUUUUGCAGUGAGCCAAGUGGACAAUACCAUCUGGUCUCAUGCUACAGAAUGGGAUCCUUACCGGUGGUUUGGUGAUAAAUCACCCAGUGGUGCUUUUGCACUCAAGGAGGAAAAUAACACGGAUGCUUAUUUACCCUUUGGAGGAGGAGGGCAUCGUUGUAUUGGGGAACAGGCGAGCCUUGAAACAGAAGAAGCCAAUAAACGCUCUAAUAUUCUAUGCAAUAGUUCGAAUUUCACGUUGAUCAUUUUCCGGAGCGACAGGCAUUUGUAA